AUGGAGGGUUUAGAGAAGUUUUACAGCAAGAUAGUGAAAGAUGCGAAAUCGGCAGCUUCUUCUUCUUCCUCCUCUCUAUCUGAUUUCGCGGACAACCUAAUGCAGGAGAAACGAGGCUCCGGCAACUUGACUUCAUACGACGGAUCCGGAAUUCUGGUCAACAAACCUCCGAGCGGAGUUUCUGUGUGGACGUGUACAAAGCUAUGCGCUGUUUUCUUCGUCGCUGGAGUGUUUGUGGGUUAUACGCUCAAGAGACGGGUACGAAAAUGGGCUUCUAAGUUGCUGAGAAGAAUCAAAGAUGAUUAA